CCGUGCAAGGUGCGGCCAAGCGCACUGUCUCCGCAAUAUCUAAUCAAUCAAUCUAAUAACGACCAGCGAAAGACCCCUCCAAAUCAAGGACCACCAUCACCGAAACGCACCAGACAUGGCUGAAGCGUUGACCACGGAGUCUCUCAAGGAGAUCAUUCUGUCCCGACUCGACGCCACUCAUGUCGAGGUGACCGACAUGUCCGGUGGCUGCGGCCAAGCCUUCACCACCGUCAUUGUGUCUCCCCAGUUCCAGGGGCUCAACUCGCUCAAGCGCCAUCGCCUCGUGAACGGUGCCUUGAAACAGGAAAUCGCGGCGAUACACGCCUGGACGGCCAAGUGCAAGACACCGGACGAGUGGCAGCGCGACCAGGGCGAGGCGAAUCGACCAGACUUGGAGGGGACCGUUGGCGGCAAAGUAGAGGGCACAACGCAAUAACAAGGAGGGAUACCAGGGAAAAAUGGCUAGCAACGACACAUUGGCUAUACGGAACAUGUAUGCGCGGGUCAAUUUAGAGAAAGUCGUGCAAACAAA